AUGAAGUGGUCAGCACUACUCCCUCUGUCGGUCUCCGUACUGGCCGUUCUUCCUUCCACUGUCAAUCAUGAAAAGGGAAAGGUAUUCGCCAUCGAUGCGCAGGGCGAAAAGAAUAUAAAUAUGUUAUUAUACGGCACCGACGACUGUUCGGGCAAGGCUGUGGGACAGGCGACCGAGCGUUUUUCAAAAGCGUCGUCGGUAGACAUCCAUGGCUUCCAAGUUAAGAGAAUCUCGGGCGGAUCGAAUUCGACCACGACUGCUGCGAAUACUACUGUGACUUCGACAACGCGAGCUCAAUCGUCCUCCACUGCCAGCAGCGAAUCCAGCGAUGCGCCCACGGCGUCGGCGACCACCACGUCGGAUACAGCUGCCACCACCACAAGCGCGAGUGAAACAAGCACGCCCACGCCGAAUGCAUCAUUGAGACUGUCCGUUACCGGUAGCGACAUGGCGAAGACCGUGAUUGGUAUGGUGUUGGGACUUGCGACGCUUGAAUGGCUGUGUUAG